CACAGAGUCACUGCCGGCAGUGCCAAGAACCAACUCAUUGUACAUGGACAAUAGGAGCAUUGGAGUUCCAGCAGCAGAAAGAGAUGAGAGAUACCAGCAAGCCUGGAGUCAGAAUAGCCCUGGGACCCAAGCAACAACAGAAACACCAGGACUGAGUGUACGAUGCAAUGCCAGAAUCUUGGCUGAUGAGUUGGCUUCGGAUUGCUGGAACGGUGCUGGGCUUCUUAUAUUUUUCAGCUUUUCUGAAGGCCGCUCCUGAGUUCUCAGGUUACUUACAGAAAAUUUUGAAGAACCACACUACCCACGCCUGCGAUGGGGAGCAAUUGACAAUAAUUUGUCCACACAGGACCUCCAUCAGUGUCCUUUCUGCAUUCUAUGGACGCCGGGUGCCCAGUCAAAAUCUCUGCCCAGCUUCAGGGGACCUCUCCUUGGAGAGCACGGAUUGUAUGUCUGCCACAGCCCAUCAAAAAAUGAUGGACGAAUGUCAGGACCAGCGAUGGUGCCACUUCUCUGUCCACAGCCGGGUGUUCGGGCCUGAUCCAUGUCCAGGAACACACAAGUAUUUGGUGGUUUCAUACAAGUGUAGACCAGCCAACCAUCGCCUGAAGACCGUGUGCGAAAAUGACAAGCUGAGACUGCAGUGCCGGAAUAAGUCCGUCCUGGCCAUUUACUCUGCCAUCUACGGGAGGCCUUUGCGAGGGAAGCCGGAGUGCAAUUCUGCAAAUGGGACAGGACCAGACAUAGAGUGCGUGGCUCCUGAUGCGCUGAGGAGAGUCUCCCGGAGGUGUCACAAGAAGGAGAACUGCACCCUUGUCGCUAACAAAGCCACCUUCGGGGACCCCUGCUUCCCUGGGGUGAAGAAACAGCUGAGAGUUUCCUACACUUGCGUGCCAAGGCAGUUGCUGGAAGAGGUGAGCCGGGCCUCCCAGGAAGACCCCUUCUCAAUCUCAGACUACACACACGGUGGCUGGUACACCGGGCCGAGGCUGGCCAGGCUCCGAGAAAACCUGAUGAUAUUUACUAGCUCUUUGGAAACUUUUGCCCAUAUCUGGGGUGUUCCUGAGAAAGUGGGCUUUUAUUUCCUGUGUGGGGUCUCAGGAGGACUGGUGUUUCUCCUCCUUCUCUUUGCCCCCAAAAUGGGCUUCUUGAGAGACUUCAAGGAGGCCUUCAAAGCCACAGAGCGGAGCGACAGCUUGGAGCUGGAGUCAACCAAGCAGCAGGAUGAGCGAGAUGACGAAAACCACGAUGACAGCUCCUCCGACUCCUCCUUCCGCCACCUCACCCACACCUACCAUAACUCCAACAACAUCUUUGGCCCAGAGCUGACCGCGGCCCUGGAAGGAGCAGCCGACCAGCGAGGCCUCGAGGGAGAUGAGAUCUGGAUACCCAAGGAGUCCAGCCCGUAUGCCAUCCACAAAAUUAAGUCAGCUACCAAAUGAGAGGGAACGGCCAAGGGAACUGGGCCACAGCAGUCUGUUGCACAUGGCUGUGAACUCCUGCUUCCCCCAUUCCCAACCUCUGUGCAGUAGGAGGUUAGGAAUGUCAAAUAAGUAAGUAAAUUUAGUGGUGCGGACCGAUCAGUUUAGACUUUGGACAUAAUGGGUAGUAUCCAACUAAGCCAUUCUGACAGUGCAAAUGACGUUGGGCUAGC